AUGAUUUGUAACUUUUUAAAGUUUAGAGGCGAAAGCAAACAUUAUUUCACAGUUUUGUAUACAUUUACACCUAAUUCGGGGUUUGUUGCAAAAUUUCUUGAGGGAAAGCAGCGGAACUUCGUUGCCGCCAUGGAAAUGGUAGUAGAAGGUCAAAAUCAACCUAAAAUUCCUACAAAACGGAUAAAGUUUGAAGAAAUCAUGGAGGAGGGGGGAGAAGAUCGAAUCAGUGCAUUGUCAGAUUGCUUUCUUUUUGAAAUCUUGUCUGGUUUACCCACAACAAAAGACACCAUUAGAACAGGCAAGCUCUCAAGACGAUGGAAACAUCUUAGGGAGUCUGUAUUGGAAACUUUGGUAUUAGAUCGUUGCUAUGGUUUUGGUCGGUUUAGGCUUAAUAUUACUUCAAAAAGUGUAAAGAAGUUGGUGUUAUCUGGAUACCAUGAACCUGAAUACGAUUAUGAAGGCCUUGAAGAUAUUCUUGACAUCAAUGCUCCUGAUGUUUUAUCACUAACAAUCAAAGAUUAUACAAACUUGUGGCAUUGGAGGAGAGCACGUAGAGAAGAGAUGCUUAAAAGAUUUAUACUAAAUCUAUCCCAUGUCAAGGAGCUUAAAAUUGGAAGUUUCUGUUCUAAGGUUCUGUCUCGUUUAAAAGCUAAAGGUUUCGUUGUUCCAUAA